UUUGCCUUGAGCCGCAAGUGCUUGUGAAGCGCAGAGCAGUCAGAAAAGCGGCGGAUUGAGAGCAUAACGGGCUGAUCCCUCUCUGGUUUGACCUGAAACUUCUCGGCUCGGCCCGGCCCAGGAUGUGGCUCUUUGAGGCUGUUCAGUUCAGCGGGCGGUGAGUGAAUGAAUGGAAGCGACGCCGAUAAGGACCCACUUUUUGCGCGGACUUAUUUGAUUCUUCAACUACACGCAGACAGCGAUGGAGGCUGGACAGUGAACAGCAGUACCUGAGUGGUGAAGAUGCAGCACACCACAUGCACAGAGGACCGGAUCCAGCAUGCUCUGGACCGCUGUCUGGACGGGCUGAGACAGAGUCCCACAGCGGCUCAGCACUGGAACGUGCUGAUGUGCUCUGCUGGUCAGUCGAUGAAUCGCUGGAGCUUGGAGGAGCUCGUCAAAAGAGAUCCUGAGAACUUCCUCAUCCUUUUGCAACAGAUCAUCAGGAAGACUAAAGAGGCUCAGGAUCAGUGUCAGUAUGAACUGGUGGCUCCCCUCGCCAUUAUGUUCACUUCCACCCUGCUGCAGACUCCAUAUUGUCCCCCAGACACUGAGCUGCUGGAGGAAGCCUUGGAGGUGUUUUACAGCUUCCUCACUUGGCCGGAGCCGUACUGCAGUGUGUGCAGAGAGCUCCUCUCCAUGCUGCAGAUGGAGAUCAAGGCACCUGGAAUUUCCUUUCAGAGGCUGGUUAGAGAAGAGCAGGGUCUGAACAGCUCGGACUAUACUUCAAAGACCAUCAGUACUGUGCUGCUGAUGAACCCCGAUGAGGUUCCUGCCGACUUUCUCGCCGUGGCCGAGCAGCUGAGUCGCAUUCAGCACUCGCAGAAAGACACCUACAUCACCUUGAUUAAACACGCCUUCCAGUCUGCGCUGGGCACCAAGUAUCCUCUGCAAAUUAUCCACAAGGCCCUGGAGCCAAAAACUGUGAGCGAGCUGAAGGAGAUUUUCUCCUUGGUGAGCGACAUCUUGGAGACGGCCGCCAUGAGUGAUCCGGGUACAGCUCGAAGUCAUGUUAUCCAAGAACUGGAGCGUUUGAGGAAGACACUUAAAAUCCCUUCGUCUAAUGGGAGGAUGUCUGAUGGAAACCUUCAGACUUUACCUUUACCCACAGCCAAAACGUACAUGUUUCACUGGGAAAAGGAUAACUUCGACGUUCUCCACACCAUUGUGGACCUUGACGUUGAUGAAUUUGGCGCCUCUGAGGAGGCUGUGGAGGAAAAGGAGGAUGAUUCUGAUGACGAGCAGGAUGGGACCGAAGAUGACGAGGAAGGUCGAGAAGUGGGUUCUUCUCUAGUCUGUAAUGGCAGUCACCGUGUCUCUACCUUUUCCACUAUCUCCUCCACCUCUACCACCUCCAAAGACUCCAUGUUCUCCACCAUGUCUCUGACCUCCGAGUCCUACCCUCCUUCCCUAUUCUCUGUCACAUCUGGGGUUGACAGCGACUACUUCGACGACUCCGACGACUACAUCAGCUCCUCUCCUGUAGCUGAGAAGUAUUCUCCGAAGUCGAGCAAGGUGUCGACUCGCCUCAGCCAGCACCUCCACCGACUAUUUAUUAAACCCAAGAAUCCCAGGAUGCUCUCCAGGGCUAAGAGCUUGGGCAACUCUGAAUCUAAAGACAUUCUGGUGGUGCGGGAGACUCGCUCCAACUCUCUGCCCCAGCAGGUGAAAUUAUUCAGCUCUGAUUCUCUGCCAAGGCUCCAAAACCAAGCGCUACAACACAUCUGCUUUCGAAGGAGGCCCAUCCUGAGCAGCGAUGAGGACAAUAAGAGUACCACGUUAAGAGUGGUGGUGUUCGGUGCGGAUCAUGUAGCAGGGAAGGUGGCCCGGGCUUACAGCAGCUUGAGGAGGAAAGAGAGCACAUGUCCUCGUCUUACAAGAGCCUUUAACCUGCAGUUCUACUUUGUGCCGGUCAAGAGAGACUCAGGAUUCGGUCAUCGGAGGUCUUCCACUCCUUUGCCUCAAACUGGAUCUCCGAAAGGAUCAGGCCUUUCCUGGGACCAGAACCACACAGGCACAGGCGACAGCACUAAUGACAUUGCACAUCUCCUGGGCAUGUUGGACCCGUGGUACGAAAGAAACACCCUCAGUCUCCUCAAGUUGCCUACCAACGUCGUCUGCCAGCAAACCUCAAAAACUGAGUCGGCCUCCUACGAUAGCUCCUAUGAGCAGCGUCUGCCCAUCCUGGCCGACUUGGUUCUGUACUACUGCCGCUACGCAGCACGUCCGGCUCUCAUCCAGCUUUAUCAGGCUGAGCUGAUGUUGGCAUGUGGAGAGAGGAGGACCGAGGUGUUUGUUCACUCCCUGGAGCUGGGUCACACCGCAGGAACACGAGCCAUCAAGGCCAUGGGUGCUGCCAGCAAACGCUUCGGCAUUGAUGGAGACAGAGAAGCAGUGCCUCUUACACUCGAGGUGGUUUACAACAGGGUGGUUGUUAGUGGAAGAAGCCAGUGGAAAAGAGAAACCAAAGUCUGUACUUCAAUGAACUUGAUCAAAGCAUGCAAGAACCCUGAGGAACUAGAUUCGAAGAUGGAGUGUCUGCAGCUCACCAUGACUGAGGUCCUGAAGAGACAGAACGGCAAAAGCAAGAAGGGCUACAACCAGCAGCUCACCAUGACUGAGGUGAAGGUGGACAAGGUGCAGGUCAGUGGAGCUGGAAACACGACGUUUGCUGUUUGUCUGGACCAGGAUGAAAAGAAGAUACUGCAAAGUGUCACCAGAUGUGAAAUAUCUGUGUGCUACAAACCUGACAGCUCCACUGACUGGAGGCUAAGAAAAUCCCAGGCCUCUGCUCAGAUCCAGCCUCUCAACCCAACCUUCUGCUCUCUGCUCUGCCUACCCAUCGUAACCUUCAGCGGGGCUCUGCCCUGAAAACGUUCAUCACUGGUGUCACUGGAUUCUAUCGGAAAGAUCUUCAGCAUUGCCAUUCAUUGUACACUUUGCACACACUGCAGGAGGAAAAGCACUCAGGACUUUACGUGGUUGUGCCUGUUUGUUGUUUUGUUUUUUUAAUAGUUGGAUUCAAUCCAAUAUGGCUGACUUUGAAUGCAGGUUUUGGAAACUAAGCCCUUGCACAAUGAACUCCGGGCUUGGCUGUCCUCUGACCACACCAGUACUCUUUACUCGUAUUAAACCAAGAGUGUCUGGAGACAGGAUGGGUUUUAUCUGUGCAAUGCAGGCCUUUGCUGUUAUAAAAGAACGUUUUAAGUUUGACUGCUUUGUUCUGAGUUCCUCUUUUUGAGUUUGUAGACAGAACUGACUUUGACCACAUUUACAUUAGAACAUAUAAUGGUUGAUCAGGGUAAAUAUUAAAAUUAACAGGUAAGAUGGGAUUUACUCUGGAAUCACCAUGACAACGUGUUUUGGUCAAGCCACAUGACCAUCAAUUCUGACCCAUUGCAGAUUAUUUGACAAAAUCUGAGAAAGCACACUAUAAGAUGUACAACAUGUAAAUUCUUUGGUCUUAAGAUAUUUCAUAUUCCAUGUACUAUAACUUUUAUUUGAUUCAAUUAUGUUUUUAUGUGUAUCAUAAUCUGAUAAUAUUUCUCCCAAGGAGCUACUUCUGUCGCAGUUUUAACCGCAGCUAUAAAUAUGACCACUAGGGGUCUCUGUUGACUUUUCAUUAAACCUCCACUCUAUGGCACAUGUAAACAUAAUUUGAAAUCUCUGUAAGUACUGUAAUAUAUCAUGGGGCAAAGUAAUUACAAUCCAACUUUAAGAUGAUAAAAUGAUCAAGAAUAGAGAUGGAUAUGAUGGUGCUGCAAAAUGCACUCACAAGGACAUCUUCCUAUGUAACUGAUUACCGAUAACUGCACUUUCUGAAAAUAUAAUACAGCGCAUAACAAUAAAAUGUAUUUUGUAA